AUGUUGAAGAUAUGGUCUAUGAAGCAAAAGCAGCAGCAGGCUGAGAACGCGCAACCCGGCAAGAAGAAGAAGGUCACAGCGGCGCAACUACGAGUACAGAAGGAUCUCUCCGAACUCUCUCUCGGCAGCACAAUGCGCACCGAGUUCCCGAACCCCGACGAUAUCCUCAACUUCACCUUGACGAUUGAGCCGGACGAGGGCAUGUACAAAGGCGGCCGCUUCCACUUCUCCUUCGCCAUUAACCAGAACUUCCCGCAUGAUCCGCCGAAAGUGAAAUGCACGCAGAAGAUCUACCACCCGAACAUCGAUAUGGAGGGGAAUAUCUGCUUGAAUAUACUAAGGGAGGACUGGAAGCCGGUGCUGAAUCUGAAUGCCGUUAUUGUGGGGUUGCAGUUCCUCUUCCUCGAGCCGAACGCGAGCGACCCCCUGAACAAGGAGGCGGCAGAGGAUCUCAAGACCAACAGAGAAGGCUUCAAGCGAAACGUGCGGUCCUCGAUGGGCGGCGGUUCCGUCAAGGGCCAGACCUUCGAGCGGGUUCUGAAAUGA